AUUAUCGUUAAUAUCAGGACAUUAGUCGCUUUGGGAUGAACGGUGCGCAGUUUGUAGCGAUCUGAACAGUCGAAAUCAGUGAAAAUUGUGUCGAUUUUAGUGUUGUCGAGCGACUUAAUGGAUUAUCUGAAGAGGUGCGCGAUCGAGAUUACUGCUGAAAGGCUUGUUGGCUCCUUUUUUUUUCUACAGUGAUAACAAGUUUUCAGUUUGUUAGAUAUGAGCUAGCCGGUGAUCGAUACUUGUCUGGACUCGCUUGCGUACGAGAAUCAAUAACCUCGCAGUUGACAGGAAAAAAAGAAACGGAUACGACGCGGUCUCAAAAGAUUGAGACACAUCAGCAAAACGUAGAUUAAUUUAUUACGUCCAUUCAGAAAACAUACGUCUACCCGUUGUUUCUCCCGUAUCAGUAACCGCGCGGAAAAAAGUGAUGCAUGAAAAGUCUCGAUAUUACCAGGCACGUGUCUGUAUUGGAGUAAGAGCUACUCUGUGUGUAUGUGUGCCAGGUGCACUGUUGCAUCCCUCUGAUGAGAGCCAUGCACCGUUUAGACCAUAGCCAUAAUGUCAUCCCGAAGGCUACUUCUUAGUAAUUCACAAAGGGUUCACUCUUCCGUGAAGUACAGCGCAUGGAUACUUUCCAGGCAAUACCUAGCACGUACCUUGCUAGAGAAAUAUUUGUGGUAGAUCCUCGAUGAAUCAAGAGUAUGGCUUCUGGUGCAUCUUCCUUGGAUAGUGCUGGAAGUAGUGGUACAGAUUUAAAUGGAAAGUUUGAUCUAAUAAUUUCAAUGCUAUUAAAAAAUGGUUUAUUUUAAUUUUAAACUCUACAGCAAAAGAAACAAUAAUGGAAGCAGCAAUAUUCUAUCUAUAUCUAAAUGGAGCACUCAAUAUGGAAAGAGAUAGUGGAGGCUAUGGCAGUGUUGGCAGUCCUGUUGGUGGGCCUGAAUGUCGUAGUGAUUAUGAUGGUUUGCAAGCUCAAUGUGAUCAAGCCAUGCAUCAGCUUCAGCUACUUAGGCAUAAGCACUCCGAUACUAUAAGACGGUGUGAACAUACUAUGAAGGAAUUGGAAUACUACAGGGGACAGCAUAUAGCAGUCAUGAAUCAAUUAGAGGCAACGUCACAAGAAAGCUCCGCACUGCGGGGCAAAUAUGGAGAUUUAGUAAAUGACAAGCAACGCCUAGAUCGGGAAGUUCAAGCGUUGCAAAAGGAAGUGUCUGAAUUAAGGUGUCAAAAUCAAGAAGUUCUUGUUUCUGAUGCUAGUAAUAGUGACACUAUGAAUCAGCACUAUCUAUCUGCCCUUCGAAAAUAUGAAGCCGUUAAAGACGAGUACGAUGCCCUUAGGAAACGGUACGAUGAUUUAAUAUCAUCGCAUUCAUCGGCCGUUAAUAAGUUGGAAUUAUCUCAAGAAGAGGCUGCCAGGUUAAAAAAACAAUAUGAUGAAAUUGUUCAAGAACGUAAUAGCGCAGUUCGUGAGCGUAAUGGUUUAAAACAACAGUGUACUGCUGCCAUUAGACAGUGGGAUAUUGCAUUAAGGGAAAGAAAUGAAUAUCGUGAAGCCUUAGCCAAAGUACAACAACAACACGAAGAAGCAGUGAAGGAAAUUAAUCAUGCAAUGGUACUACGCAUGAAAGCUAGUAAGGAUAUGAAACGAUUAACAGAAGAAAGAAAUGCUGCAUUACAAGAAUACAGUUUAAUUAUGGGCGAGCGCGAUACAGUGCAUAAAGAAAUGGAAAAACUUGGUGAUGAUCUUACACAAGCAUAUACAAAAAUCACACAUUUAGAGAAUCAGAAUAAACAAUUUAUGGAAGAGAAAAAAGCUUUAUCCUAUCAAAUUGAAACUUUAAGAAGAGAAAUUUCAUCCGCUUUGCAAGAUCGAGACGAUGCUUUAAAACAAUGUAACGAAUUACGCCAAAAGUUUGGUGAUUAUUCUGAAGGUUCAAACAGGGAUUAUAAAAAUCGUAUGGAAUUGCACUCAUAUAAUCGUGAACGAGAUAAUUCGAACAAAGAAGCCGAAAGAGAAAAUAACACUACAGAUUACACUAAACGGGAUAAGGAACGUAUGGAUAACUUGGAUCAAGCUAACUUGGAAUUAGAUAAACUUAGAAAAUCUGUCGAUAAAUUGCAAGCAGAACUUGAAGAAGCCCUCCAAGAAGCAGAAGUAUCAAAACGAAGAAGAGAUUGGGCUUUCAGUGAAAGGGAUAAAAUAGUUUUAGAAAGGGAAAGUAUUAGAACUCUCUGCGAUAGAUUAAGGAAAGAGCGUGAUCGUGCUGUUUCGGAACUAGCGGGUGCUUUACGUGAUUCUGAUGAUAUUAAAAAGCAACGGAACGAAGCAUCGAAAGAAUUAAAGGAUCUCAAAGAAAAGAUAGAAUCUGGUGAUCAUGCGUUAAGAGCAAGUCAAUUUGCACAAAGCUUAGCGCAUGCACAUGAUUCGGCGAUUGAUACUGAUGUUAGUGACUGGGAAAUUCUUACUAUUCACUUGGAUCUUAGUCGAGUUUGCUUAGAUUCUGAUCGUGAUUUGGGAUUGACAUUAGUUGGAGGUCGUGAUAAUCCAUAUUAUCCAAACGAUACAGGAAUUUAUGUUGCUCAAGUAACAUCAGGAAGUGCUGUUGAUGGUAAAUUAAGAGUGAAUGACUGCAUUAUGCGAGUAAACAAUGUAGAUUGUACAUCUGUUUUUACGCGUGUAAUUAUGGAAACUUUACGUACCUGUUCGGUGGGAUCAGCUACAUUAACGAUAAGAAGACGGCGUUUAACUAGAAGGUCAUUAAGGACAACGCAAUUGCCUGUUGGUUCAGUUCCUCAUGGUAUUUCUUUGGAGCUUGGAGUAUACAUUUCGAAGAUUUCACCGGGUAGUUUAUCUGCUAAAGAUGGCAACCUCGCUGUUGGAGAUAGAGUUUUAAAUAUUAAUAGUAAACCAAUGGAAGGCAUUAAUUCCAGCCACGAAGCGAUGGCAACUUUAAAUGAUACAAGUACGGAUGUGUUAACUAUUACGACCCUGAAAGGAAUACCAUUGCCUUCAGCAACUAGCUCUGAAACUAUGACCAUUGAUGGUAGCUUUGGUACUGAGAAACAAAAAAUGGUGAAUAGUUGUUCUCAAACAGAACAAGAAAGAAUAUUGUUAAAGAUUCCAUCGGACGAUUAUGAAAGAAGACACGUUGCUUCGAACUUUGGUGAUAGAAGUGUUUACAAAGUUUCAAAAUCCGUUAGUGGUGAAAAACCAAGUGGAAUUAGCAAUGCUUGGGACAAUAUACGAGAGAAGAUUGAUAUAGUACGAGGACGUAAACAUAGCAAAGAUCGGGAGGAGAAGAAGAAACGACACCGCAACUCGAGUCCAAAUACCUUUGAACAAGAGCAAGAUGCAAUAGCGGAAUUAGAUUCAGUAAUAGAGAGCUACCACAAGAAAGCGAAUAAUGGAGUAUUGAAACGAAGUAAGCGACGCGGAACCGAAAAGGUUGAGAAAAAUGGAGGUACGUGGCCGAAAGCCAGAGGUGGACCUCUGAUUCAAAAUGGUACUGGUACUAUUUUACAUCCACGUAAGACAAAAGAAAGGUUGCCCUUAAGUGUACUCCUUAAUCAACCACCAAAGUAUGACAGUUAUAAUUAUAAUCGUAUUUCUAAUCCUAUACCCUUAACCAAUUUUUCCAAUAUGAACAAUCGGCAUACGGUUUAUAAACCUGUAGAAAAACCAUUACCAAAUUUCCUUAAAACUGGACCGUUAUUUAGUCAGAAAUCCUUUACUCCAGUGGUGCAGUUCAAAGAUAUCCCGAUAGAUAAGAAACCAGCAACCGAAUUCGAGAACACGGAAAAUAGACUCAGUUCUACGCUGACACCAUCUGAAACUAGCAUCGAUUUUUCCGUGAAGUCUGGAAAUACGGGAAAAGAUGUCGAAUAUUUUUCGAAGAAAAGAACGCAAAAGUAUACUCCUAGCAACGAGAGUCAAGUAGACACACUACAGCAUAAUAGAGUGCAAUCUCAACUUUAUUCCGGGGCUGGAUCAUCAACUUCGUCGACUAGCGGCACGAGACAGCAGUUGACUGGUAAUUUUUCAUUUCCUCCCUAUACGCAUUCGCAUCCGCAUCCCCAUCAACAAAAUUCUUUACCUUCGAGAUACCCUUCCCCGCCGUCUUUGCCGUCUGCACAGUCCGGGGAGUCAAUAGGACUACCCGAUGCACGAUCUUAUUGUUUCGAACCUUCAUAUAGCCCCGGCCCGCAAACAGGAUUCGGGCAUUUGCACACACCCUCUGUAGAUUUGCAUUACCACAAAUCUCGCGCUCCACCGAUUGGCACUACAUACGACGUACCAGCGUACACACAUGGCUACGAAGGUGGAACUUUUCCAAGAAAAAAGGAAAAUCAACGUUUUCGAAUACCAUCAAAUCCUAGUGUGACUUCAAAAAGCAGCGUGGGUAAAUUAUCUACUGGCAGUAUAGAAAGAACUUCAGAAAGAGGCAGUCCGAUGCCAACAUUCCACGUGGAAGUACUUAGUCCUGGUACCGGUAGCGGAAAUAGCUCUGGUGGAACUGUCAGAGGAAGUAGUAGCAAUAAACGGUCCAGCAUGCCGGACUAUUGCUACUCUCAACCUAGGCCAGCACCUGGAGAACUUCGCAGAGUUCACAUAGACAAGUCAGUCGAACCUUUAGGUAUCCAGAUUUCUUGCUUAGAGAGCGGCGGUGUAUUCGUUUCCACUGUUAGCGAGCACAGCUUAGCAUCUCAAGUCGGUCUUCAAAUUGGUGACCAGUUGCUUGAAGUCUGUGGUAUCAAUAUGAGGAGUGCUACUUAUCAACUUGCUGCCAAUGUGUUACGUCAGUGCGGUAAUUCCAUUACGAUGCUGGUGCAGUACAGUCCAGACAAAUACAAUGAGUUAGAAGAAGGCUCUGCUUCUUCGAGUUCAUCAGAAGCUGGUGGUGCUGAAGGAGGUAGUCGUAGUGGAUCACCCACUCCAUGUAAUAGCCCUGAAGCUCCUAGAAAAACAACUAUUGAAUCAUUGGAAAGCUCAGAACCUGAACGUGACGCUUCUACUAGUUUAAGUACAAUACGCGAUACUUCCAAUACCUUGACUAUUAUGCGCGAAACUUCAAAUACUUUAGAACCACCUCGUACAAUUCGGGAAAGAGAUAUUAGAAAUUCUGCUUCAUUGGAAGUACCAAGUACGCAACAGAGAGAACGAGAAAUUAGAGCAUCAGCAUCUUUGGAUAUUAAUAUCAGAAAGCCGGAACUUCGUAGUUCAGCUACGUUAGAUAAUAUGCGUAAUUCCGCAACUCUUGAUACAUUACGUGGUACUGCUAAUACUCUUACACGCGCACAGCUUAAUGCAGCGACCACGUUGCAACGACAAAAUGCAACUGUAAGAAGUCCGACACAAGAAGAACAAAAUCGUAAAAGCCCACCACCAAGUGAACCGAGGUAUCUUUUUAUCGAAACAAGGAAAUGUUCGAAUUUAGGUAUUUCCCUUGUUGGUGGUAAUGGUGUCGGAAUAUUCGUACAUUCGGUACAACCAGGUUGCCUCGCGGAAGAUGCAGGAUUACGUCCCGGUGACCGUAUCUUAGAGUAUAAUGGUGUUGAUCUCAGACAAGCAACCGCAGAACAAGCUGCUUUAGAAUUGGCUAGACCAGCAGAUAAGGUAACGCUGAUUGCUCAAUAUGUACCUGAAAGGUAUAACGAAGUAAAGGAUAAACCUGGAGACAGUUUUUAUGUGAAAGCGAUGUUCGAUCGAGUAGGCGAAGUUGGAGAUAGCCUACAACUUAGGUUUAGUAAAGAUGAUAUUUUAUACGUCGAUAAUACAAUGUUUAAUGGUACUCCGGGUCAUUGGAGAGCUUGGAUAGUUGAUCAAGCUGGAAGAAGACAAACUUGUGGUAUAAUACCGAGCAAAUUCAAGGUCGAAGAAGAACUACUUUUACGACGUUCAUUAGGCGAUUUAGAAACAGAUACUACUAGAAGAGGUAGCACGAGCGCAAGAAGAAGCUUUUUUCGUCGAAAGAAACAUCAACGUUCUUCUAGUAGGGAUAGUAAAGAAUUAUCACAUCUUACGGGAGUAAAUUUGGGUUGGUAUAGUGAUAGUGGAACACUAAAUGAAGAAACUCUUCCAGCAAGUUAUCAACGUGUUGAAAGAUUGGAUUAUCCAGCUUUAAGACCUGUGUUGAUCAUUGGACCGUUAAGCGAAUGUGUAGUGACAAAACUAUUACAAGAAUUUCCAGGACAGUUCACUAGGUGUCUUGCAGAAGCUAUGCAUUGUUCUCAAGCGACGCUCGAACAAGGUUUGCGCGAUUCCCUUUAUGUGGACUAUAGAAAAAAAGGAAGCUAUUUCGAGUGUACCACAGUACAAGCUGUCAAGGACAUCUGUGAGAAGAAUACUCAUUGCAUAUUGGAUGUAUCAAUUGCGUCGAUCGAGCGACUUCAUCGACAUCAGAUCUAUCCUAUAGUUUUGUUGAUUAAAUUUAAAAGUACCAAACAAAUAAAGGAAGUUAAAGAUUCCAGAUACCCAAGCGAUAAAGUUAGUGCCAAAGCGGCCAAGGAGAUGUAUGAACAAGCAUUAAAAUUGGAAGCUGAGUAUAAACAUUAUAUUUCUGUUGUAAUUCCAGCUGGAGUAAAUGUCGCGUACAUAUGUACUCAAGUAAAAGCUGCAGUAGAUGAAGAACAAAGCAAAGCGCUGUGGGUUCCUAGAGGACCUCCCUGACAUUUAAGGGGGGGUCCCCACAAACCACAGUGGAAAUCAAUCUAAAUUCCACCAGGGGGCCCUUACGUCGUACGAUUGUAAAAUUGUUACAAUUUUUUUUAUUUAUGGUCUCUUAUUUGUCACGACAGUAUGCAGAAAUUUCGGCUUUUCUUUUCAUGGUUUCAUUACUACGAUCUUGUUAAUUAUUUUUAUUUAUUUCGUUAUUGUAAUGCCAUUAUGCAAAGUUUUUAAUAUUUUUUUUUUAUAUUUCUUCCUUUUUUCAUUUAUCUUUUACUUUGAAGUCUGAUGCAAAUUAUACAAUUUAUUUUAAUAAGCUUUAUCAUAAGUAUUUUAAUAAGUAUUUCACUAUUUCAGCAAAUAUUUGAUGCUAUUUAAACAACACUGACAUUUCCUAUAAAAUAUUACGAGAUAAACAAGACUUCAUAUAAAAAUCUUAAUAUUUAAACAUAUCAUGCAAUCAACAUUCAUAUUAAAAAAGAAGAGAAACAAACAGUACGUUUUAUACCAAUUCUAUCUUAUAUCUUCAACUUUAAUUUCCCUGAUUUUUACUUUCCUUAUGAAAAUGACACUAUUGAUGUAUUGCAUUUCAAUAUUUCACUUUUAUGGAAAAAAAUCAGCAUAGUAUAGUUUCAACAUUUAAUUUCCCUUAAAUCAACAGACAUAUGCAAGAAUUAUUCUUCAUGCUUCAUAAAAGUUGAAAACUUUGCUUGCUGCUUCGAGCCUCGAUCGAUCAUAAUUUCCCAAUAAGAUAGGCAACAAUUUGAAAAUUAUCUAUUGCAAUUGGCGUGAGACCAUAAAUGAAUUAAUGUAGCAAGUAAAAAUAUUCAUCGUAUUGUGGCCCAUAAAACAUUUGGUGGAUAAAUGUAAAGUUCAUUAGUUAGUGAAUAAGUCUCAGCCAUUCAGUGCUUGGCUGAUAUUAUUAACCCCUCAGAUCACUUCGUUGUACAGAAUAAUUUUGCGUGAUUAGUAUUAUUGUACAGAGGAUGUUAUAAAUUAAAGGAGGUUACUUAUUUGUAUAUAAUUUACUUAUGAAACUUAUGGAUUAUAUGUUUAUUAAUUUUUAGUUUAGAUGAAUCCUUUAAUUGUAUGUUUAAAUUUAAGUGAUACUUUAGUCAUUGUUUUAUAAAACUGUUUAUAAUCCAUUAGUUGAAGUUGCGUAGCAAUUGGUUUGAGGGGUUAAAAUUUUAAUGUUGUAGAUCGAGGAAUUAAAAAAUGUAAAGAAAUUGAAUACGGAAUUGACAAAAAAUGGAUUGUUUUUGCCAUUUUUUAAAUUUGUAAAUAUCUGAAAUGAUAAUAAGCAGUAGAUAUCCGCAACACAGAGAAACUCAAUAUAAAGCGCUCGUAACGAAACGUAUGAAGGAGUAUGUUACUGCUUUUUUACUUCUGUAGUUCGAAUUAUUUUACGAAUUUAUACUGUAAUGUUUUUAAAUCGAGUUUAAGACGCUUUGUAAGGUGCAGUCAUAUUUUUGAACACAUUUAAAAUGCGAGUACGUAUCAUUACGUAUCUACAUUCAGAAUUCAGUACAUAUUUCUUAUUACAUUUUUAAAUACAAGGACGACAUACAUUUUUUAAAUAAUUUUUACUGUUAUUAUCUUAAAAAUUAUAUUUAAAUUGCCCCAUUUCUUGCUUCCUUCUUAAACAUUUUGAUAAAUAUAACGGGAUCUUUUAUAUUGUUUUCAAUAUCUGAAUGUAGAUACAAGUUUCGUAUAUACAUAUUACCAGAAAAAAUUAAGAGUACAUUAAAUGAAAUAGCUAAAAGAAAUAGCUAUCGUAAAAGUCUAGUAACGAUGCUUCGAUACUUAAAUACAUAAUCUUCUUUUUUUUGUUCGAAACGAAGUCUUUCUAAUUUUGAAAGAGGCUUACGUUCUUUAAUGAUAUCGAUGAAUAUCGAAUAUCAAGUUUAAUAACAAUUUGUACGUACAGAAAGAAUCCAGUAAGAGUGGAAGACAAACAAAUGAAGUUAAACAUUGCUUUUUGUAAAACAGAAAUUUAGUUUUCUAACAAGACAAUAUUUAGGCGUAAGUUAUCAAAGUGAGACCAAAAAUUAAAAGAAUAUUAUGCUAAUUCAUAAGGAUUACAAUUAAAUUUAUUCGUAUCGUUAGCGUCGAUAUGCUUAAUGCGGAAGUGUAGAUAUAUACUUUUUGAUACGUUGCGAAAUCAUCGGUACGAAUUUCGUAAUAAAAAAGGCUCAAAAAGAAAGAAAAAGGGGAAAAAUUAUGAAUUAUAAAAAGUGCUGUACACACUUGGCAGCUUAUAAUAACAAGGAAUUAUUGUAUCUCGCACCCAAGGUAAAUACUCUUUAAAAGGCUAUCGUGGACAAUCUAGGCGUUAAAAUUAGGAAUUUACUAGCGAACUAAUAUAACAAAAUAUUUUCGGGAAAGAAUAUUUAAUUUUUAUUCUUUUAAUAAGUAGAGAGGAUAUGAUAAUAUAUGUGUGUGUACAUUUAUAUAUUGCAUAUAUUUGUACACACAUAUGAAUCUUGAACGUUAUACAUGUGUGGGGUGAAGUAAAUUAUUUAAAUCGACAAUUUUAUUUAUAUUUUAUAUGACGAUAUUACAAACGUAAAUACUUAUGAGAGUAAUACAUUAUAUUUUUUUUUAUAACGAUUUUAUUUUUCCUAAUUUAUUUUGGCAUUGUUCUAAUUGAAAAAUACAACAAAUCUGUUUACUUUUUGUAAGAAUGGCAGUAACUUUUCAAUGUUGAAUUGACGAAAACACGAUUGAGAUACUUAAUUCUAAAAAGAAAAUAGCAAAACAUUAAUGUGUAGAUAUUUUUUUUAGUAUAUGUAUAGUAUCUACGACAAAUGUAGUGCAAAAUAUAACAUAAGACUCAGUAUGUUAUGAAAACAGCACGCGUCGUUAUUUAAUUUAUAUUAAAAUUAAAACUACAAUUGAUAUUGAUUCUAAAAAAAUAUCCAAAUCGUAAAUCGCGCCUUGAGUAAUAUAUUUCUUAAUUAAAAUUAAAUAUAAUGUAACUGAAGGGUAAACCGUAACUUCAUAAAAUUUUGUUAAUUAUUGCAAUCGUGUCGUAUUGAAUAAUCUUUUAGAUAGAACGAAACAAUAAAACUCUCACCUUACAUAAGAAUCUUGUAUAACGGGCAAGAUACGUUUGUGGAGAGUUAAAAGGUUUAUUUUCUCUCAUAGCUUGAUACGUCUACAACUAUCCUAUUUUAAAAAAACAGAAACUAUCGAACUAUUUAAAUUAAACAUAAUUUCUGUGCGGUGCAAGAGGAAAAAUUAAGAUAGGUCGAGGGCGAAGUGAAAUGCCAAAAAUAACAAAAAGAGAAAGGAAAAAAAAGAAAACAGUAUCGAAGAAAGAGGGAGAAAAGAUUAAUUUUGUAUUAUGAUUAUUCUCAAUCACAGCACUGUGAUACAUAUAACAUUACAGCUUUGAUAACAUAUCAAUUUCACAAUCCUUCUACAUUACUAUUAUACAUAUACAUACAUAUUUUGGGCAAUACUUACAUAUACAUAAAUGUUAUAUAUAUUUAACUACGCACUUUUACUAUUUUUCAUAAGCACGUGAUUCUGAACCAUUCAAUACCCACAUACAUAGCACUAGUGCAGCAAAUACGUCCGUAAUAAACGAAGGAUGUAUGAUGUACACUUUUUUCAAUAGAAUUUCGAGUGGAUUGAAUUUGAAUGAAAAAUUCCAGAUAUUUUCCAUAUAUUGUCUAAAAAUGUAUAAAGAUAAAACUUAUAAAAAUAUGUUUUUCAUGAAAAAUUUAAAUUUACUACUUAUUAGCGGACUAAAGUGAAACUAGAAUGCAAUUGUAUCUUUUUAUUGAUCUCAAAUUAUAAAUUAUUUAUUUCUAAUGAUCAUUGAAUUUAUGAAACAAAAAAAUUUGUUAUUAUUUAUUGUUACUAUUCAUUUAUUCAUUUGUUAUUUAAUGUAUUUUUAAAAGAGCGUAAUUAAAUUUGUCUAAUCAAGGAAAUAAAUCAAAUAUGAUUGUAAGUAUUAUUCACUCGAAAUGUUUCUAAAAAUAUUUGAGACGUAAUUGACACACGUGCUGAGUGGUGCACUAACAAACAAUUAAAUGUACGAUAAUAGAAGCAUUAAUUACUGGCAAUCAUUGAAGCGUUUAUGGUGAUAUAUUACUUAGACGAGAAGCAAAGCCUGACGAUUGGGUUUGAAAAAUGCGCGAUAUAGAUCGAUGAUUUAUGAUUCUAAUAGCGAUUUGUUCAAACGACAAUCGCGACUAGUCUUCAAUAGUAUUCUAUUUUCUAUAACGAAUUUCUCCUCGCAGUAUCACUUGUAUACUCCAGUCGAAAUUUUAUCGUCUUAAUAUCAUUGUAUUCGACAUUAUAUUCGCUAUCUCCCCAUAGGUUUCAUAUUCUAUUUGUAUCGCACUAUUUGUUUAACCAAUAAGGAUGUACGUAACAAUUACACUGCGCAUCAUCACUGAAAAGAGUUUAUUCUAAACUUGACUUAAAAGCAUGUUUGACAUUAUGUUUUAUUUCUUUCGUUUCUCUGAUUUUAUUUUGUUUCAAAUAUUUUCUAUUAAACUCGAAGUUAACAAAUUUAGAUGUUUUAUCGUAUAAAAGUUCCUAAAAAUGAAGAAACUCUAAUUAUCUUUUUUUUUUUAAUUAAAAAAUUCAAUUUCAAUUAAAUCUCAAUUUUAAUUCAGAUUCAAUUAAAAAUGUUACUUCUGAAACGCAAAAUGCUGAAAUAUAAAGAGACGAUUUACUACAAUAAGAAGUAUUGUCAUUGUUUGCUUUUGUCUUCCAAAUUUCCACAAUUGUAAAUCGUUAUCACCCAAUCAAUAUGGUUAUAUAAAUUUGAUGAAUAUCGAAAAAACAAAUUACUUAUCUUAAAUUUGUAAUUUAUGAGAACAUAUGAGUCUAUUAUAUUAAACUUCUAUCAUAUCUGUAUAUUUUUCAAGUAUUCUACGAGUCUUUUAUCUUGUUACAAAAGUGAUUAUAGCUAUUAAUUGGCAAAAAUAUCAAAAUUUUCAAUAGAUCUAAAUCUAUUGUCUAACCAAAUACACUUAAUUUGUCUGUAGCCUUUCCUCUUAAUCAGCAUAUUUUUUGAAACAAUAAAAUUCUUAUACUCGUUGAAAAAUUAGCGAAUAGAGCUCACGAAUGUAUAAUGUAAUAAUAUCAACUUGGUGCUGUUUGUUCUUACACAUUUCUUACAUUAGUUUUUAUACACAUAUAUUAAGAAUAUUCUCUUAUCAGUCAAUGCGAUCGUAAGCACUUGUGCAUAUCCUGGAACUAUGAUAUUGGAUGGUUUGAAAUUUUUAUAUCUAUAUGUGUAUACACAUCUUUUGUUAACAUACGUAUAUAUUUUGAUUUUUAUUGAGAUAAUGAAUAUUAUUGCGAUUUCGGUAAAUUCGAAGAGAAUCUAAAAAGAAUUCAUUGAUUAACAACAGAAAAGUUUAUUAAUUGGGCAUGCAAAGUGUCUUAUUCGUCUCUCCUCAUCGGUAGAACCGUCUUUGAAUCAGAGUAUUACCUCAUCAGUAAUAAAAUUUAUUCUUCUUUUGACUAAGGAAACGUAUAAUAUGUAUAAAUACAAAUGUAACAAUGUUGCGAGCGUAGAUAAAUUAGAUUUGAGUAUUUUUCAGUGAAGAGUAUUUAUCGAUAAUAACACUUAAUUUUUAUAUUUAACUCUUUGAUUGUGUAGAGAUGAAGUUUCUGUAAAUUUUGAAAUACUUAUGGAUUAUAUUAUUAUAUUUUUCAUGGUAUAAAUUUUUUAUCUUUUCCAUUGUUUGAAAACGUUUUUGAAGAAAUGACUUUUCAAGAGGAAAACAGUGAAAUGUUCAGCGAUCAGAGAGUUAAGAAAAACUAAACAAACAAUACUGACUAUUAAAAUGUACUACUUAUGGCUGUUAAAAAGAAAUGCGUUAAUCGAUUACAAAAUGAAUGACUACAUAAUAUCAGAAUGCAUGAAAUUCAGACUAAAUCAAAUUUUAUAAAAGUUAGAUUACAGAAUGAUGUUUCUAGUUUUUUGAUAAUCACAUUUCUACGUUUUUACACACACAGAGUGCAUUAUUGAAAUGGAAUUGUAUACAUAGUUACUAAGUGCAGAUAAACCUAGACUGAUUUAUAAAAUAAUCAAUCAUCAAAUUUGUGUCUAUUUUGUCGGUGAUAGAAUUACGAGAUAUUGAUCAAUUUACCAAUUUGAAUAACUAAAAGAAGAAAACGUUGUGCUUCAUAGGUUGUUGAGGUCUCCAUUUGCGAGGAAAAAUCGGAAUAUAUGGUUGUAUCGUUUGUUUAUAAACGCAUUCACUGCCAAAUAUUUAUUUAACUUUUGUUUCUUUAUACUGCUAAUGCAUAGAGAAGGUUAAAUAUUUGCAAUGCAAUAAAAAUAUACGUAUGCAACUUAUUAUGGAGAAAAGAUAGAUAAAUAACUUGCAUCGUGGUGGGAAAAUCGUCUUGUAAAAACUUAUUGUUCAUAAACGGAUGUUUGAGUUAAGAAGAAACUCAAUAGAUUUGAUUGUAAAUGAUUUUUUGUUAAAUAAUAUUAUAUUAAUGCAAUAUUAUUGAAAUAAUGUUACAUGAUAUUAUUUAGUAAUAUUAUAGUGAUAUAAUAUUAUGUUUUAUAAAUGUAUUGUAUAUACAUAUGUAGUAUAUUUGUGCGUAAUGUAUCAUGGAUUGUAUAAAGAGAAAGUUUUCGUAUUACUUUAAGUGAGCUUUAAGGAUCAUUUUAAUUUUGAUUGGUAACGCAGUUUUCCAUAUGCUUCCAUAAAGAAAAUACCGAAAUCUUAUUUACUCACACGAAACUCCGCACGACAAGUGCCCUUAUUAAGUUAUUACAUCUUCAACUAUUUAUUAUUUAUAGUUAAAUUCUUACAUAGUCAGCAAUAAACUUGUCUGUUUAUUUUCAGAGUACGUGUUUUCUUGUUAUCUCAGUAAUUAUCCAGCAUGUUUGAAUCGUUUUGUUUAUUGCACGUAAAAUACAAAGAUUUUAUAUAUUUUUACACUUUAUAUUUCUAUUGAAUUUUAUAUUAUUUACUCAUACUUAUAUCGUAUAGAUGGAGAAUGGUUAACAAACUAAAUGAAAGGAGGAAGAGAUAUUUUAUUGAGAGUAUUUAUCAAUCAUUCAAAAUAUUUCUCACAUUUUAAUUCUAAUCACGAAGGUUGUAAUCAAGACGUCCAAUACUUACACUACUGAUAAACUAAUACAACGUAAUGUACAUUUGUAUAAAUCCUUCAAGUAUUCGUCAUUCGAUCUUUCCCACCAAUGUGCUUUGUAUGCGUAAGCUUUAACAGUGAAUGCGUGCACAAUUUUAAUAUAAUAUUUUUAUCGCGCUUGAUAACUAACAGUGUAAUACAAUUAUGCGAUUGUAGCAUCUUUUUUUCUCUCUUUUUCUCUUUCUUUUUUUUGUUAUCAGGAUGGAACGGAUAGGAUAUUUCAGAAUCUGUGAUCAAUAUAUAUCGACACGUAUAAGCAGCAUGAAAUUUGCGAUUAUAUUAAGAUGCAAAUAUUUUUUAUACGAAUUGGUGUAUACGCUCAGACGGUAGCCGAUCGUAUUUAAUGUACCGAGAGACGAAAUUAGUGGUAGAACUUAGUACAUGGUUCGACAAAUUUUCCGAAUAUCAAAACGUUUUAUGACAGUAAAUUGCAAGAUUUUUAUGCAAUAUUUAUUGGAACGGUUGUUCGUUGUUAUUGGAGCUAAUUAUUCGUUCGAAUGCGAAGUGAAUAUUAUACAUAAGAAUGGAACGUGAUUAAUUUUAUUUCUCUAUUUCUUAUAGUCAACUUUACAUUUCUUGAGAAAUUGUUGGCAUCACAUAUUACGUACAAUACGGAAACGUAACAUAAUCUUAUAAAAAGUGCGAUUCUGUAAUGAGGAAACAAUUCAACAUUUUCAGAGAUCAAUUAUUUUAUACGUUUACGUUAUCAUCUGGCAACACAUCCGAUAUGUUGUCGUAACAUCUUAUACCAAUUUCACAAAUAGAUGAUACAUUGAUUUUACGUGUUGAAAAGAAUCCGAUUUACAGCGCGAGUGUUCCUUGAAUUUUAUUUAAAAUUCAAGCUGCAGCUCAAUAUUUAUAGCUGAUACAACUACUAAGUACUUUCAAAUGUCCAAUUUUACACCGUUCCCUCGAAAGAAAAUAAGUCUUCCUGUAUCUAUUCCUGCCACGCGCUGACUGCCCUGAAAAUAUUUUUUACCGAACCUUCAGGAUUUUUCAUCACAUUUGAAUGCUAAUGUAUACGAUUAUAACUGCAACAUUACUUUCAUGAUUAGUGAGAAUUAUUUUUGAAUCUUUUAUUAACCGUAACAACUAAGUACCAUAUUGAUGUCAGUUAGUAUUAUCUGAUUGUAGCUAAUAACGAAAAAAGAAAUACCGCAAUUAUCAAAUACGAUAAAAAAUACAAUAAAAAUCACAUGGUAUGAAUAAAACUUUCAAUUCCUUAAGAUCAGAACGACUUGUAUGGUAAGGUUUCGUACAGUGUAUGAAACCGAAUUAUAAUAAAUUGAAUUUUAUUAAAAAAUUUCGAAUAUACAAUAUGGAUUCGUAGGCCUUUGGAAAUCCAAACGAUUAAGAAAUUUGAAAAAAAAGAAACAAUUAAACACUAAUUAAUAGAAUUCGAGUUUUGUAGAAACUCAAUGAGAAAACAAAACGAGCUUCAAUUUGAUCCUAAAGAUAUGAAUUCAUGAAUAACGACAGAAAGUUUUCUUAUAGGCUUGCAUACGGUAAUAAUAAUUAACAUCGUAAUUUGAAUUGUUCUUUUUUAAACGACAACAAAGUAUCAAAAUUAAUAAUAAACACAAGACUAUAGUAUAUUGAGAAAGAAAAAUCUUAAACAAUCUACUAUGUAAUUCGUAAUCUAUUUAUAAUUACUAGCAGAAUAAUGAACAUGGAACAUGUUUUCUUUGUUUUUCAUGCGACUAAUUUAUCGAUCACCGUAGGAUUCCUUGGUUACGAUAACAAUAUAUAAAAAACUGUAUUGUAUCAUUCAAUUUCCUCCGUUUUUUUUUUGCAAUGGUUUUGAUACCAAAUGUUAUAGCCCGUAAUUUAUAAAUACGUAUACUUUUAUUUAUAUAAGCAUCUCCUUUAUAUACAUAUAAAUACAUAUAUUGAAUAUAUGUGUGUGUGUAUAUAUAUAUGCGUUAUAUGAUAUGUACAUACAUAUAUUUGCAACGCGACGAUACGCGGACCGUCGGCGAUCUUUGUAAUAUUAUAAUAUAUAUGUAUAUGUGACACUCUGAUUAAUAUGUAUAAUAUAAGGGAUGUAUCGGUAUUGCUGUGAGACUGUUUCAGCAACACACGAACGCCCAUAUAAUAAAUAUUAACGUAUCGACGUUCGUUAUUCUUUGUAAGCCUUCUUUCUUGUAAAACGUACAAGUUGUCUUAUGUAGGAGAGCAAGGAAAUAAAGUCGAUUGUAACGAAA